GGCGGAAGCGGCGGGGCCGCCUCUAAGAUGGCGGCGGCGUGAGUUGCAUGUUGUUGUCGUGGGGCCGCCGGGAGGAGCCGCCGCCGCCGCCCCGCGCCCGUCCCGCCAUGGCCGUCACCGUCACGCUCAAGACGCUGCAGCAGCAAACCUUCAAGAUCCGCAUGGAGCCGCACGAGACGGUGAGGACGCGCCCGGGGGCCGGGGAUGGGCACGGAGCCCGCCCCCCCCCACAUCCCCCCCCGAGCCCUCACGCCGCGGGGCCGGAGUGGCUCUGGGGGGACUCGGGGCUCCCCCAGAGUGUGGGGUGGGGGUCCCAGGGGAUCCCCAAGCCCCCCUUUCCCCCUGCCCAGGCCAAGUCGGCGCUGGGCUCGGCAGCCCCCGAGGCUGGAGCCCCCUCGGAGCCCCCCGCAGCCCCCCCGGGGCCCCCCCCGGCCGCCGACGCCGCCCCCCCACCCCCGGCCGCGCCCAGCGAGGAGACCCCGGCCCAGGACCCCCCUGCCCUGCCCCUGCCUGAGCCUGCGGGCAUCCCCGGCAGCCCCGAGCCCGAGCGCCCCCCGGUGCAGGAGUCCCGUCCCCCGGAGCAGCCCCCGCCCGAAGGUGAGAACCCGCUGGAGUUCCUGCGGGAGCAGCCGCAGUUCCAGAACAUGCGCCAGGUGAUCCAGCAGAACCCGGCGCUGCUCCCGGCGCUGCUGCAGCAGCUGGGCCAGGAGAACCCCCAGCUGCUCCAGCAAAUCAGCCAGCACCAGGAGCAGUUCAUCCAGAUGCUGAACGAGCCGCUGGGCGAGCUGGGCGAGCUGGAGGGGGAGGUGGGCGCCAUCGGGGACGAGUCCCCCCAGAUGAAUUACAUCCAGGUGACCCCGCAGGAGAAAGAAGCCAUAGAGAGGCUGAAGGCGCUGGGCUUUCCCGAGAGCCUGGUGAUCCAGGCCUACUUCGCCUGCGAGAAGAACGAGAACCUGGCGGCCAAUUUCCUGCUCAGCCAGAACUUCGACGAUGACUGAGGGACCCCCGGGCCUCCCCCCGCCCUGGGGGGCUCCUUCUGCCUCCGGGGGGUCCCCCCACGCCCGUGUGGGGAUGGUGGGGGGGGGUUGGGAUGGAU